UUAAGGAAAGGAUAAGUGGAAUAAAAGCGUAUAAAUAAAUAACAAAACAUUGAAAUAAAAAAAAUUAUAUUUUUAAGAAAUAGCUAUAUAUUUUUGUAAACCUCUAAGAAAGAUCUUAUGGAACAAUGAAAUAAACCGGUAAUUAAGAAAAGUGAAGCUAUAGAUUGAAGAUUAACAAUUUAGAAUGUAUGAUGAAACAAUCUUUACAACAUUCAUCUAAUGUGAUUUUUAUAAGAGGAAAAUUAUAAUGGAAAAUAAUAAACAAAACUUUACUAAAGCCGAAAAUAGACAAGGCAAAUCGAAAGGAGCUGAAUUACCUUCGAAGGUGGCACAAUUAUACUAUCGUCAUGGACUCUUUAUUACCAGCUACCCAACGUGCAGCACAAGUCUUGCUAUAUUAACGAUAUUAUUUUGCUGCUACCCACUCCUUAACUUCUCCCCAUUGCCCGGAAAAAUUCCAACAAAAGUCAUUUUGCCGUACAACUCACAACACGUUACAAACUAUUCGUAUGUCAAGGACGUAAUCGAUGAUAAGGAAAGUGAUAAUGAUGAUCAUCGACUUAACAACAAUAAUAAAAUCGGCAAAUUGCACACCGAUGCAGAACAAAAUAACAACUUUUCAUCUUCUUCACUUCCUAUUCCAUCGCAUUCGUGGGCAAAAGUCCAACCGCCAUAUAUGUAUGUGCAGCAAGUGAUACUACGAAGCAUUGUAUUACCUUGGGAAAAAGAAUUAGUAUUAACGGAUGCAUUUCGUGGUCCACUAUUUGAAGUUUUCAAAUUACUUGAGAUUAUCAAUAAUCAUGAGACGAAUGUGACAUUAAGCAAUUUGUGUUUGCAUGUUGAUAGUAUUAAGCGACCUCAAAAAGACGUUUAUUUUCCCGAAUAUAAUUGCCUUGUGCUAUCGCCUGCCAAUUUCUGGAGACAAAAUAUUCACAAUUUGAAUAAAGACACAAGCUUGUUGAGCACAAUAUUUCAGCAACAUAACAAUCAAAAAUCGAAAGUUUCAACAGCAGAAAUGCUUCUUGGUGUCCCAAUUUUGGAUUCUGGAUUGAAACGAUAUCCAUUACAGAAUCGCUCAAGAAUAAUUCAAUAUGCCAUAACAUUAAUUAUGAAGGAGAGAAAUCAAGAAUUCAUUUCAUCUCUUCAGAAGAAGCUGCACAAAAUAUAUCCAUUACAUCAGGAGCAAUCGAAUGAAUUAACAGAUAAUUAUAUAAGCAAUUCAUCAGUUACAUUUAUAUAUUAUCCCGGUGAAUUUAACAUGAUUGAAUUAGUUCCGUUGAGCAUUGCAUUAACCGUCCUCUUCAUCUACAUGUACUUUUCAAUCCGAAAAGUUGAAAUGAUACGCUCGAGGUUUAUUGUGUCAUUAUCAGCCGUCGUAACAGUUUUAGGUAGCCUUGUCAUGUCAGUUGGAUUUUGCUUCUUCUUUGGACUUAGCAUCUGGGUACAAUCAUCAAUGGGAGUUUAUCCAUAUCUCUUACUCCUUGUUGGCCUUGAGAAUUGUCUGGUGCUGACAAAAAGUGUAAUGACAACAGAAAAUAAUUUGGAUGUUAAAAUUCGUGUUGCACAGGGUCUUAUGAAAGAAGGAUGGGCAAUAACAAAAAACUUGAUGACAGAAAUAACAAUCCUGACAGCAGGUCUCGUCCUAACUUUUCUUCCAUUCCUACAAGAAUUUUGCAUUUUCGCCAUUGUCGGAUUAGUCUCUGAUUAUUUCCUUCAAAUGUUUCUCUUCUCAACCGCUUUGGGACUUAAUAUCAAGCGCGUAGAGGUUGAAAUGGAAGUUAAGAAAUUACCAAAAAUGUUUGACUAUUCAUCAUGGCAUAAUCGCAAGGAAUUAAUAAUGAAAUAUGACGCGAGAUCAUUGAAUCGAUCAAAAUCACAUCCUUCUCAACUGUCUGAUUUAGAGCAUAAAGAAAUAUCAAAUGCAAAAUCAACAGAGAAGAAAAUUCCAAAACGUUUACGAAUUGUUAACUUUUGGGCGCGCACAAGAUUCUUUCAGCGUGGCUUUAUGAUCUGGAUGGUUUUGUGGAUAUCAAAUAUUAUCUAUACAUCAGGAAUAAUUGAAAAUAUAUUCAUGAUUGAUAUGAAUAACAUAAUAACGAGUGAUAGUUCAACAAUAACACCGAGUGAAAGAACGAGUGAAUCAAUUAAUAAUUAUGAGAGUAUGGUUAAGAAUCUCUCAAAUAUCAUGAUGGAUUAUUAUACGAAAAAUGUUCAAUGGAAUAAGAGAAUGGAUGAGAAUACAGAACACAAUGUAACCGACAAGAUACAAAAGCUCAAGCAUCCACAUUAUGAGAUGAGCAACAAGUUGUCAAGCUUUCAUUGGGCGAGUAUAUUGAAGCAGUACAAUAUAACAAUGAGUGGACAUUACGUGACAAUCUUACCUGCCAUUAAAAUAUCACAUGUGGUUCCAAUGGAGGUUGCAUUAAAAGUCCGUAAUCCCAAUGAAACACCACCAUCGUCAUCAAAAUGGAAUGCUUUAACAUCUGCUCUUGAUCCACUUGAUUUAAAUGAUGCUGAUGCUGAAGACGAUUUACCAUUUGAUUUAGAUGAUCAUCCACUCUUCCCAAAGACACCAAUGGAGAUUAUGCUAACCGCAAUUUUGUGUUUAGUCAGCGUUUUUGUAAUUACAUAUACGAUGAUUGUCAUGUAUCGUUGCAUUUGCUCCAGGAAUUAUGCUGAGUGGAGAUCAAGUCAUUGGGACGAUACUGAAAUAAUUGAGACAAAGACUGAACAAGUAUUGGAAGGAUUUCCAAUUCGAGUGAAGGGUCAUAAACACAACAUUGAAUGUGUAGUAUCUGAUGGAAACUUAAUAGCUAGUUCCUGCUUGCAAAAUAUUAUCAAAAUCUGGUCAUCGACAAAUGGAGAACUUGUGGCGGAAAUUAAUAGAAUAAGUUAUUUUGAGCAACUUCAGCAAUAUUAUUUAGAGAAGAAAUCCCCAUCAGUUUCCGAAGAGAGUCUUAUUAUGGAGCAACAGUCAACUCAAAUGGAAAAUGUGGCACAAAUUAAAACGACACCACAGCAACAGCCGCAAAAUGAUAGUAAAGCAAAUCAAUUGCGACUACGAAGCAAUUUAAAUUUUGAUUUCUCAUCGCAACGUGUUAAGAGCUGUGAUGGAGAUUUUGAUUCACAGAAUGAAUUCAAGAGGAGUUAUGAGAAAUAUUUUGAAAUAAUACCAGCACGAACAAAGUCAUUUGACUAUGAUACACAAUCGUCGUCAGAUACGAUAUCUUAUUCACCGACAUCGCCAUUAACAAAUAAUACCAAAUUUAAUAAUUAUAUAAGUUUAAAUAAUAACUUGAAUCGUGUCAAUAGUAGCAGUAGUGAUAAUGUAAAUGGAUUAAAUUCACCACAAUAUAAAUCAUCACCAAUAUGGACACUCGAUUUUACUGAUAAUUUAAUAGUAAUUGGAUGUGCUUGCGGAAGACUUGAAUUCUGGGAGGCAACGACUGGUACUUUAAGGACAAUUUUUGAGACAGAUAAGACUCAUGGAGAUGGAGUAACACAUGUGAAAUUAUCUAGUGAUAAAGUGGUAGCUGCACGCCUAUCAGGUCGUAUUGAUUUUUAUAGACUAGAAACAUACACACAAGGCCGACAUAUAGAUUGGAAUUUUACAUCUGCCUAUCGACGAACACACAUCCGUACUGGUUCAGCAGGCAGUCUAUCUAGUUUUAAUCAACAUCAACAACAACAAAAUAAUCGAUAUGUACCGCGGAAUUCCUUAAAUUUAUCAUCGCCAUUAUCGACCACAUUAUCAUCAUCGCAGAAUCAAUCAAGUGCGAGCAUAUCAUAUUCACCGACACAAGAGGAAUUAAGAUGUAUAUUAGAGCUGCAACAUCCGGGCCAUACACAACCAAUAACCUCAUUAGAUAUGUUAGGAAAUGUGCUCUUCACGGGCAGUCAAGACCACACACUCAAAGUUUUUCACACAGACUCGAAUACUUUAAUGUAUACCCUUCAUGGGCAUUGCUCUCCAAUUACCACUCUACUAAUUGAUCAUUUUCAAGCUGGCACGGGUUGUUCAGGGUCUCAAAAUGGAAUAUUAUGUUUAUGGGAUGUUGUUACAGGAGCUUGCCUCUAUAACUUGCAAGCACAUGAAGAAUGUUUAGUCUCCAUAACAAGUGCACCUAGCUACAUUAUUACAUUAGGUUUAGAUGAACGAAUACGUGUUUGGGAGCGAUUUCAGGGGCAUUUACUAAAUACGAUUAAUCUUCAUCAUGCCCAUUCAAAUUCAAUUGUCAUGUUGACUCCAUCGUUGCUGAUAACAGCUAAACCAGGAGCUCUCUUGGUGUCAGAUGUGAAGGAUGGUCAUGUGAAGCAUGAGGUUAAACUAGAUCGAUCUGAAAUGAGUCAACAAAUAACACCCAAGAUGCUGAUUCCAUCAUUUGGACAAAUUAUUUGUGACUUUGGUCACGAAUUGCGAGUUGUUAGAUUUCCAUUGCAUGAUAAGAAUGAAUAAGAAAAGAAGAUGAAGAAAUGAAUACUUCACUUUAGUCUUACAUUUUCAUUUCUGAUGAUGACUUUUUAGAUUCCUUUUAAUUAAUUUAACAAUCAAGCUGUCUUUCCUUUUUACUUUGCUGCUAUGCUUAUCUUCCUAUCAAAAACUAUACUGUUGACGUCGCUAUAAAAUGAGAAGAAAAUUUUUCUAUCAAGAACAAACGACAGGGAAAAAAGGGGGAAAUGAAAGAAUAAAAAGAACUUUUUUGAUGUUAAUUUUGAAAAUAACUUUUUUCUUUCUCUGUUUUAUUUCUCCAUUGUUUAAACAAUUUUUAUGUUCUUUUUUCUUGAGUACAUUUUAAUUUACAUCAUUUUUGCUCAUUGCAAUGUUAUUAUAAUAUUUAUUAUAAUUUUUUUUUUAUUUUGAACUUUUUCUGAUGUUUGUUGAUUUUUUUUUAUACGAGAGCGAGCGAACAGACAAUAAAAUGUGUUUUUUGUUCAAUUAAUUAAAUUUUUUUACAAAUAAUGUGGUUUUCAUUCAUUCUUCUUCCUUCUUCCUUUUUUUUUCGCAGCAAGAAAAAAUCUUUUUCGAGGAACCGAAUUUUUUUGAAAUUUCUUCUACUUACUUACAUGAUUCAUCGUCUCAUUAAUUUCUCUUUAUAUUUAUUUUUUCAGUAUAUCUUCUCAUAAUGUUUACUUAUGUAUCUCCUUCUGAUUGUACUUCGCCUCAUGGCAUCAAUGAGCGACUUGAAAAAUUCUUCUUUUCUCAAGGACCCGAGUGACUCAAAAAUCUACUUGAGUAUCUGUACAUGCAUGACAAUCUUUAUCGUUAAGAUCAUCAUUCAGUCACUCGUCAACAAACUUUAAGGAAAUAUGUCGCUCGGAUUUUUUACUCUGAUUCCACGCUCAUCUCAGAAGGAAGUUUCUUGUUGUUUCAGUAAACUUACUAAUUGGCCGAAACUUUUAUUUUCGAGAGCUUUUGGGCAUUUUGUGUUGUAAAAAAAUAAUAAAAAAAUCAACUUUCAACAUUUUUUUUUAAUGUUACGGUACACAGCAAUUUACUCUCAAAAUACAUUCCUUUAACAUUUCUUUUUUAAUUUUGGAUGAAAAGAACUGAAAUAUCUUUCAUGACGAACGAAAUUGUUUUGUUUUCAUUUGCUGGGAGGAUUUUUUGGGUUUAAUUUCUUUCUUUUUUUUGUUUUCUAAAUUAAUUAAUGUAAAACAGAUCUUAUAACAUCUGUUGAAAAAGCAUUUUUCGUAUUCUAAACUCGUGCGCUGAACCAUUUUACUCAAUUCUUUUAAUUUAUAAUUUAUGCAAGGGAUUUUGUCACAUUUAACUCUUUAAGAUUUUACCAAAUCCAGCACAGAGCACGCAAAUAACAAAAAUUCUAAAGGAAGAAAAAUGUCGAUUUUUAUCUGGAUUGCCACUCCUCUGAUUACUUAUUAUCUACAUAAGAAAUAUAUUUCAUGAAUAAACUUUUCUUUUUUUUUUGUCAAUGAAACAAGAUUUCAUGUACUUAUAUUUUGUUUAUAAUUCUUCAUCAUUAAAGCAUAUAUUUCAUCUAUAAAAUUAUAUAUAUGUAUAUAUUUCUCGCAAAAAACAUUUUAUAAUAUAUUUUUUUUAUUCUCUUCAUCAUCUCAUUCAUGUAUAUAUAAAAACAACUCAAAAAAUUUAUAUCUUCAUAUUGUGUGUCAUCAUUUUUUUAAAUAACAAAUUAUCUAUAAAGGAAAGCUUCUUCUCUUCAUGCGAAAGCUUUUUAUUUUGUCAUUAACUGACAUUAACAAAAAUUCAUAAACAUAAAAAGUAUGAAUUACAGGUGGGAGUAUUGAGAGGAAUUGUAAUGGAAAAGUAAUCAACUUCCUAUAAAAUUUUACAAUCCCUAUCAUAAUUUUAAUGUUUUCCUCUUCAAUGAGAAAUAAUUUUUUAUUUUCAAUCGAUUUAACAUCCUGGCAAAAAAGUUCAAUUGGUGCCUAAGAGUCAAAAAAGUGAUUAUUCAAAGGUCAAAGGUAUUUUAAUAUUCAAUAGUUCUCUUGGCAUUAUUAAAUAAUGUCCUUAAAGCAACAAUUGUUACUUCAACCUCUCUAGUUAUAAAUAUCCUCAAGUACCAUGAAAAAGGCAUCUGUGAAGUUGAGCGAAAAAAUGUCUUCAAUCAAUCUUCGAGUUCUGUAAACCUUUGACAUUAAAUUAUCAUGGAAAACUUGACAACAAAGCCAUCACAAUUCCACCUCAGUACCCACCAUUAUUGCACAUUUUAUUUAUUACAUAAUAUAUUUAUUUCUUUUUUCAUCUUAUUCAUCACCAAGCAAUGAAAAAUCAAAAAAAUUGCGAUUUUUUCUUUUUAAUUUUUAUUUUCUUUUAAAGAUUCUUCUUAUUUUCAACUAUUCACGGUGUAUUUUUUAAAUUAAUUUGGCAUUUUAAAGGCUUUAUUUCAUUAAACAGCCCCAAAUAAAUUAAUACAAUCGUUAAUUAAUUAUUAUUGAAACAACGCAAACGUAAUUAUUAUUUGUUCUAUUCGAAAUAAAUGUAAAGAAGUUGGGAAGAGCAUUUGUUAUUUAUUUUAAUUCAAGGCAGAGUUGUUAUUGACAGGCAUGAUAGGCCUGUGUAUGCCCAAUUCCCAGUCAUGAAUCAAAACAACAACUCUGAUUUUAACGAAUGUCUAACGAUGAAUAAAGUAUUUUAAUUUAAUUAUUGUUAAAGGUUUUUGUAUCGCUUAAAUUUUUUUCAACUUUGCUGGAACUUUCUCCUAUUCUUUUAAACAAAUUUUUCUUUUACGCUCUUCAGGUGGGGUGUUUCAUACUGUACGCAAAAAGAUUGAUUUCUUAACAUUUUUCAUUCCUACUAAGUUAAAUAAAUUAAUAAAAUUAAAAACUAAGAUAAUGGCGUGGUUGGUAUGGUUUAAAUUUAUAGGAAAGAAUAUUAUUGAGGGAUGAAAGAGGGGGAAAGUUAAAGGUAGAUAGAAAUAAAAAGUGGAGCAAAAAUGAGAGAUUUUCAAUUUAUUUUUUUUUAUUUUUCAUUCUAUGAAGAAAAAUUUUCAUUUUUCUCAUUUUUUAUUGUCAUUAUUUCGCAAUUUCAUUUCAUUCGUCCAUCCAUCAAACUUUUCUGUCUUUUUCCUUUUUUUUAACCGACAUAUAAAUUGUGUGAGAAAUAGAAAUUAUUAAAGAAUUUUCGGUGUAUGUAAGAAGCACGCGCAAGUUGAGAAAGAAAAAUGAUAAGUCUCCUCGUUGAUAAGUUGAAGGUGGCAUAGUUCAUCAUAAAGUGAUUUCUUUCUUAUUAUUAUUGUUGGAGAUAUAGAGACAGAGAUAAGUUAAAAGGUCAAAAACUGAUGAAAAAUUUCCACAUUCGUUUUUUUUUGUUUGUUUGUUAAAAACUGAUAUUUACGAGAUCAUUUAACCCAAGUGACAUAAACUUAUUGACGCAAUCAUUUGACGAGAAAGUGGAAUUUUACAGACAUGAAGCAGCUGGGAGAAUCCUAUUAUUAGCUAUUUACAAAUAAGAACCGAAAACUAUCAGAAUCAAUGAGAAAUUUUCUCAUUGCAUAAAUUGAUGAGCCACUUGUCUAUCAAAUGUUCACGACCCGAAUUUUCUGUCACCUAGAUCAUCUCAGAUCAUAUUAUUAUUAUUAUUUUUUUUCAUAUUUUAUCUAUUUUCAUUUAUUUUCGAGCUGAAUGGUCCAUUGAUAUAUAUUUUCAUUUAAAAUUGGAUAAUUUUUUUUUUGCGUAACUGAUAUGAUUCUUGUUUUCAUCUGUUGAGGACAUUUUAUUUCGGUAUUUUUCAUUGAUGGGAAAAUUGCAACACUUCUUACGGAUCGUUGAGAUUUUCCAUUUAAAAAACUUUCAAGUAUACUACAGCAUCUAUUGCAAUUCUAUGCUUAUUCCCUUGCCAAAAAAUUGUUUUUUUUUUUUGAAUUAUUCAAUUUUCAAUGCGGACAUAAGAAAAAUUUUGUUUAUCAUCACGUAAAAAAUCUGACAAAAUUUGCAUAAUCGAAAAAUAUGGAACCGAAAGUAAUGCCAAUUUCCAUUUCUAUACGAAAAGAAUAUCAGACCGUUUUGUAAUAAAAUACGCUUCUAGGACUCUCUAUUGGCAUUCUUGAACUACAGCUGGAUCUAUGAGAGAAUAAUAAAAUAAAUUCAUUGAUCCAUCUCGUACUUGAAUGAUCAAUCAAUUUUUUGUUAUUGUUGUUAUUCGAAAUGAUAUUUACCCAUUUUGAUUUUGCCAAUGAAACUUUUUAUUCUCUUCUCGUUUGGAUAUUUUCAUUUUGAUAUGCUGGAUGGGAAAAAAACUAUUUCACUAUUUUUGCUUCUGGUUUAAAAAUAAUAGAAUAUUUUACACAACAAUGUGCAAUAUGAUGCAUCUUUUAUUCUUGUUUAUUGAAAUGUUGAAAUCGAAAAUAAAUUCUUUUGAAACUAUUUUAUAUCAAACUCUUGGCCAAUAGACAAGUGGGAAUUGAUUGUAUGGUUAUUGAGGAAUGUUCAAGUUUACGAAACAUUUUGCAAAUCAAAUAUUUUCAAUUGUGGUUUAUGAGGGAAUCUCUUGAGUAUAUUAUGAUUUUUUUUGGCUCAGUGCUGUACACAGCUUAUGUUUUAAAUCUAUAAAAUCGAUGGAUUUGCUUUUCAAAAUCCUAGGAUUUAAGAGAUAAAUCCUUAAAUUGGAUUGGUUAUUUAUGAAGUUCAACAUUCCAUUAGAAUCUUGUGACAGCGUCAAAAAACCCAUUCUUUAAUCGAAAUGAGUUAUGAAUUGCCACACAAUAGUUUAUGAGAUUAUAUAAUGACCAGCAAGUUUCAAAUUGAUGACAUUAAUUGAUUCUAUCAACGGAUACAACUCGAAACCCUCAUAAAUCAGCACUUAAUAGAACUUUCAACAGUAAAUGUUGUUUUUAAUGAAUGAUAAGAACGAAUUCUUGAAUUUUCAAGUUGUUUUCAUCUCAAAAGCAGAGUUUGAUGUCGAAUCAGUUCAAAUAAAAUCAAAAGAAUUUAUGUGAAGCAAUAUUCAGCCUAUGAAUAUUAUUGUUAAUUGCAAAUGCGUACGAGACGAACCAAUUUAAUUGCAAUCGCCGUACCUAUGCAGAAUCAAUGUAAACACAAAAGAAUUUCGAGAGUAAAAAAAAUUUCAUCCACAAUAGUGGCUUUCAAAUAGAGCUCAUUCAGAGAGAUUGCUGGUUGAGAACUGCACAAAAAAUUCAUCGCAUAAAUGGGAUUGUUUACAACAAGAUGGAAUGAUGGUCGGGUAUAUGUUCAUGAUGGGUUUUUAAGUUUUUUCAACAAUUUUUUAAGCUUCCUAAAAUUUUUUCAUACUUAAUAUUUUUUUUUGCAUAUAAAAAAUUUUGCUUUUGCAUUUUUCAUUUGCUCGAUAGAAAUAUUAGUGUGUCCGAGAAUGUUAAAUAAAACUUUUUCAUAUGUGCAUAUUUGAGUAUGAAAUUGCAGGUCGUGUGUGAGUAGAAAAAACUUUAGUUUCAAUAUGCAGUUCCUGCCUUAAUUCCCCUUCAUGUGCACAUUUUUUCUAACUUUUUCGUUUCAUUCCAACUUAAUUGGGGGAUGAAUAUUUCAUUCGCUCUACAAAAGGGGACAUUUGGAUAUUUUGUAUCCUAUUUUUUAAGGGAUAGAGGAGGUCGAGUUUUGGUUAUGUAUUGACAAUUUUUAUCUAAAAAAGUGAAGCAAUUUUAUCGUUACUUAAUGUCCGAACCAUCCCAAAAAAUCGUUCUCAUCAUUUUCAUGAAUAAAUCAAUUCUAUCUAAAGACUCUCUUUUUUUGUGAGAUAUAUUUAAAGUGAUUUUGGGAUUCAUUCAUCUUCAAUUAAGUAUCCUUGUGGAAUACUUGGUCAGAUGAUUAGAAUAUAUUCGCUAGCUAAAUGUCUGACGUUAUAAUUUCAAGGAUAUUUGUCUGUGUCAUUUUUAAUUAAAAAACCGAGUUAUCCAGCAACAUCGUGAUUUUUUAAUGACUUUAUCCAACAUUAAAUCGUAUAAUGUCCUGAAGAUCAACAUCUUUAUCAUAAUCUUUAUGCUAUUAAAUAUAGUUUAAUUUAAAAUAAUAAUGAUCGAGUAAUUAUAUGACGGAUAAGUGGUAAUAAUACUAACAAUAAUAACGAUGAUUUUAUGAGUGAGAUAAGAGACCAUAGAUAGAAGCUAUACAGAUAAAUAGAGAUAGAUAAUAAAAAAAUAAAUUAAAUAAUUCUUAACAUUUCGCUUUAAUACUCAUUAACACGAGAAGGAAGACAACUUGAUGAUUCGGAGAUGAAAAAUAAUUUCAAGUUGCUCUUCACCCACCUCACAAUAUUUUCAAUAUUCUAACUUUUUUUCGUCACGAUAAAUUGCAAUUCAAUUUAUAAAUUAUCAUCUUGACAAAUUUAUUAAAUGUGAGCUUAUUAUUUUUUAUAUAAAUUUUCAUUAUUGAACCACAGAUAUAUUUUAACGAGUUUAUGUCACUUUUAUUCUUUUUCAUUAAUGCUAUUAAUUUGAUUUUCAUCAUUUCUUUUCUCUCUUGUUUUUUUGUGUGUGAAGUUUAAUAAAGAUUUAUUAACUGCUCCUUUUCUCAUGCAGAAAAAUAUAAUUACUUUGUUUGCUGCUAAUUUAAUUUCAAAGAAUGAGUAAGGAAAAGAGAAGGCAAAGCAGACUUUUUCUCGAUAUCAGGUGAAUAUUUUGAGGCAUUUUGAGAACGUAUCAUACAAAUUUAUAUUGUUCUUUAAACUAUACCCAUGUCAGUUUAUGAUAAAUUUACUCAAAGUGCUAUGGAGAGAACUUUUUAAGGACAUCGCUGAUAAAAAAUAAAAGUUUGUCGCAUUUAAUUUCUUGUAAACUUUUACUAUAUGGAAUAAGAUUUCUCCCAAUACAUUGAUUUUCCUAAUAUCCACAAAUUAUUCAAAUCCAAUUGAUUACUACUCAAUCGGAUUUAGCUGAGAGCAUUCCACACAUUGUUGUAGUUGUAGCAAUAAGAUUUAGAGCCUAUUACCAUUGAUUUUUAUGAGGCUCAAGGGAUUUCAAUUUGAUUUUAUGUUUGCUUUGAGAUUACAUCCUUAGGAAUAUGCGCAAUAAAUUUCUCGAGCAUUUCUUACUCAUUUUUUGAAAAUUUAUUAAUAAAUGAGAAUAAUUGAGGCGAAUAACAAUAAUAAAAGAAGUAAGGGAAGGAAGUAAAGUUUCAAUAGAAGAGCGACGAAAGUCAGGUGCACGAAGUCAUUUGAUUUAUGAUUUUACGUGAGAACAACUACCGGAAAAAAAUAUGUGUAUAAUGCCAUAGGCUUAUGAUAGCUUUUUUAAAUAUAUUUUUAUUAUUUUCUUGUUUUCAUUUUACUGGUUCUGUGCCCACAAAUAAUACUUAUUCAGAGGGGAAUGAGAAGGUAAAAAGAAAUCGGAAAAAAUAAGAACGAAUCUUCUUAUCGGCUUUGAAUGGAAUGCUCAAGGAAAGGAAAUGAGGAAGAAGAAGAAGAGAGGAAGCAGUCUUCACAUUUUUUCUCCUAUUUAAUAAAAGUAAAUUUCUUAUUGCUAGACCGAAAAUAAAUUUUUAGAUAUUAUAAGGAUCAUAAAGCUCAUUUUCUGUUCGGUAUACAAAACAUACAAGAGACUGCAUGGACUUUUCGUAAAGUUAAACUAAUGUAAUUCAUGGGAUUUAAUUCAAUGGGUGAAAUAAAACUUUAACUAGGAUUUUUUUGGGAUGCUCUAGAGCUUUUAAAAAAUUCUAUUUGGUAAAAUAACAAAUUGUCAUCUGCAAAUGGAAUUGAAAUGUUACAAAAACUAGAUUUUGGCAUCAAUAUUGUUCAAUACGAAUUGUUUUAUUUACAUUCCUCUUAAAAAUCUGGGAUUUAGUUGAAUAUAAAAAUGUUUACCUUCCCCUGAGUGCCAUACAAUUAUGAAAAAGUGCUUCACUUUAGGGGGUCUCAGAGAAUUUUGAUUGAAAAUUUUUCCAUGUGAAUUAAUAAAAAGGGUUUAAAUGCGGCUUUGAAUAAUUAAAGUGUUGAAAACUUUUUUUUUGUCUCGAAUUCAAAGUUAAAAAAGAAAUUUCGAAUGUCAUCAAACGUUGGGAGAUGUAACUAUAACGACAAAAUGAGGCAAUAACGAUUCAAAUUACUUCAAUAAAUCAACGGGAGACAUUAGCUCGGAAAACUUUUCACAUGGAAAAUUUCAUAUUAUGCCACAUUUACGUCAAGAUGUAAAUGAUUUAUUAGAUCUGAAAUCUAUCCGAUUUUUCUUCUAAAAUCUUUAAAAUCAUUCAUUGCCAGCGAUAAAACUCAAAAUUUCGUGACUCAUAAAAAUGCUCUCAAUUAAAAUCAUUUAUUUUGUGGAGAAGGGGGAGGGUUGGAUCACCUUCGUAUUACAACUCAGUUUUAUCGUCAAAAGAAUGCGAGAAUUAACGACAAAAGGCUUGCUCUUCUAUAAAACUCCAAUAAAAAUUUCAAAUUUUUGAUUACCAAAUGUUCACAAUUCACAAACGUAACUAAGCAUCCGAUGACUAUUGAGGAGAAGCCUAGCAGUUUAUACGAGAGAAAGUAAAAAAAAAAAAAUUCAAUUAAUUUCCCCAAAGACUCUCUUUAAAGCUCUCAUUUUCUAUGGGGAUAAAAGCGCAUAGUACACGACACUAAACCGUCCUUUUAAAUUUUUUAUGACUACCUUCAAAAAAACAAAAAAUAUUUUCUUGUGCCUUUCACAGUAAAAAAAAUUCCAAACAACAAAAAAAAUUGAGUUAUUUCAUUUCGCAUCCAUUCAAAGGAGAAACUGGGAAGGAGCAAAGUUAUAAAAAAUUAAGAAGAAUAAGGAAACUUUAAACGCGUGUAUCGUCUAGUUUGAAAAGAAACAUAACAAGCAGCAACAGCAAUUUUUAUCAUGUUUAAUAGGAAAUGGUAGGAUUUUUUUUUUGUGUUAGAGCAUUGGGCGUUUUCCGCUAUAAAUUCUGUUCAUCUCAUUAAGCAUAACGAAUUGAAAAAGCUCACAAAGCUUUCACAUUUUAGCUUCAUAACGCAGCUUAUUCGAAAAGAGAAGAAAAUGAAUAUUUUUCAUAAAAUUUCUCAUUUUCCUAACGAGGUUACGAUACGAGAAAUUCUUUUUGUGAAUGGAGGUGGGGAUUCUAUCUCAAGAAAAGAAUAUGAUAUGAGAAUUAUUUGAAGAAAUUUCAGAAAUUUGGAGUGAGAAAAGAGGCUGAAAAACAUAAGAAAUUAAUAGUCUGAUAAGAGGCGUACAACAA